AGCGCGCACGCGUGCGAAGCUGCGUGGGAAUGGCUGUUUGUGUGACCAAAGGGGGCUGGGCCGCUUGGAGCGAGCGCUGAGCUGCAUGAGUUUGUAAUGUCCGCCAUGUUGGCCAUGGCGUAUUGAACCGGGCAGGAACAGCGGAGCGCAGGAGCGAGAGAGACCGACAGACGGCGACUGAGACCCGGGCCUGCCCGGCUCUGUUCGCGCUGCUAACCGGAGCCGAAGCCUGCCCCUCAGAGCGACCCUAAAAGAGACCGCGACGGAUUCCUCAAUGAGAACUCGAAGCAGACGUGCUGUUACUCCAGGCAGUUCCCAGAGAUUUAUGCUGCGUCUUUUAUUAUAAGAAAUGAGUAAACUGUCGUUUCGGGCGCGGGCGUUGGAUGCUGGUAAGCCCCUGCCCGUCUUCCGCUGCGAGGAUUUGCCCGACCUGCACGAAUAUGCCUCCAUCAACCGGGCGGUGCCGCAGAUGCCAACGGGGAUGGAAAAGGAGGAGGAAUCGGAGCACCACCUCCAGCGAGCCAUCUCGGCGCAGCAGGUCUACGGGGAGAAGCGGGACAGCAUGGUCAUCCCGGUCCCCGAGGCGGAGCGCAACAUCCCGCACUACGAGCUGCUCUACCCCGGGGACUUCAAAAUGCCAAAGCAGCUUAUUCACAUACAGCCUUUCAGUCUGGACACGGAGCUGCCAGACUACGACCUGGACACGGAGGACGAGACCUUUGUGAAUAAGCUGAAGAAGAAAAUGGAAAUCACGCCGCUGCAGUUUGAAGAAAUGAUAGACCGACUGGAGAAGGGCAGCGGACAGCAGCUGGUCAGUCUGCAGGAGGCCAAGCUGCUGCUGAAGGAGGACGACGACCUGAUCAAGGAGGUGUUCGACUACUGGAGCCGCAAGAGGAAAACCUGCAAGAGCGGCUCGCUCAUCCCCACCGUCAAGCAGGAGAAGAGGGACGGCUCCAGCACCAGCGACCCCUACGUGGCCUUCCGCCGGCGGACGGAAAAGAUGCAGACCAGGAAGAACCGAAAGAACGACGAGGCGUCGUACGAGAAGAUGCUGAAGCUGCGCAGGGACCUGAGCCGCGCCGUCACCAUCUUGGAGAUGAUCAAGAAGAGGGAGAAGGUCAAGAGGGAGCUGCUGCACCUCACGCUGGAGGUGGUGGAGAAACGGAACGUGAUGCCUGAUUUUGGCAGCGAGGUGAUGGCCGAAGCUCAGCAGCGGGCUCUGGUGAAGCCCGUCUACGCCAUCCCCAUCCUGCCGCUGUCCAACAGCAACCAGUACCGACACCAGGACCACCACAUGGACAUGAAGGACUACAAGAAGCCCGAGAAGGCGGAGGCAGUGCGAACCAAAAGGAAAUACGAGAAGAAACCCAAACUUGCGCCCAUGUCGGCGCCGCAGCAUUCAGGGCCCUCUGUGUUCAAUCCUAAGGACCUCAACCAGUAUGAUUUCCCCAGCUCUGACGAAGAGCCCUUCUCCCAGAUCCAUUCAGGUUCCUCGGAGGCAGAGGAGGAGAAUGACCCAGAUGGCUGCUACGCGUUCAGGAGAAAGGCCGGCUGUCAGUAUUACGCUUGUCGUCCAGACGCGACCGGCAACUGGCCCUGGGUGAGCCCGUCAGAGGGCGGGCUCGGCGACCCGCGCUACCGCUACUGUCUGACCUCGCUCAACACGCCAUGGCGCUGCAUCGGACUGGCACGGCGCCGCGUGGGCAGAGGGGGCCGGGUUCUGAUGGACCGAGCGCACACGGAUCUGGGAUUCUUCCAGAGCGUGGACUCCGACCCAGAGCCAGAACCGCUCGCCUCGCCACUUCUAAGCUCUCCGCUUCGCAGCUCCAACACCAGUACCUCAGAAACCAAUACCUCGGACCCCGCCGGCUCCUCCAGCCUUCCCCGGCCGCCGCCGUCGUCGUCGCCCCCCUCGGCGCCGCCGCCUCCCAACCUCGGCCGGAUUCUGUUGAACAUUAAGGCGUGCCGCUGGAGGCAUUUCAGACCUCGGACGCUCUCCCAGCACCCUGCCAGGGGGGCGGAUAUUUCCCGCAGUGGAUUUAGGGAUUUUGGCCGAACUGUGUCAGGAUUAACUCGGACCCUGUCUGGAGGUUCGGUCUCGCAGAACCGCCCUGGACCUGGCGGCGCUCCUGUCAACGCGUUCACAGCCGAGCAGUACCAGAAGCACCGGGAGCAGCUGGCUCUGAUGCAGAAACAGCAGCUGGAGCAGAGCCAGCAGCAGAAACAACAGCAGCAGCAGCAGGUCAACAAUCCUACAACCACCACCACAAACACACAGACGCUUGUUUCCAAAACGCUGGACCAGGCAAGCGCCCAGUUUGCUGCCUCGGCCCUCAUCACCACAGAUCAACUGCUCGGCUUCAAAUCCAAAGAGGAGUUGGUGCUCGCCACUGGAGUCAACGGGGUCCUGACAGGGGCGGCUGGCGUUUACAAAAACCUGCACCUCACCAGCACCGCCUCCACGCUACACACGACCAACCAGUCGACACACACUACCACGGUCGCCGCCGCCGCGACCUUCCUGCAGCCCUCUAUCAACGCCACCCUCCAUACGCCCGCCAGCGUCGUCCCCGCCACCAUCAACGCCACCCCCGGCACCCACACGGCCGCCACCGCGGCGGCGCUGGGGCUGCUGGGAUGCGGCGCCGCCGGGGCCGCCCCCACAACCACUCAGGUCCUCAUCGGGAACAACAUCUGUCUGAGCGUGCAGUCGGCCGCCAGCCUCGCGGGACGCCACAUCCCUCGGACCCUCGGCAACGUGCCAGCCUCUGCCUUAAAGCUGUCCACCUCCACCAAUCUGCAGAUGCCCAAAGUCUCCGGAGCGUCGUCCAUGGACAUAAGCUCCAGGUGAGGCUGAGCAUCUGUCCUCCAGCAGCUGGGACAAUCACGACGAGGACAAGCCGGCGCUGAACAGUAUAGCAGACAACACGGUCGCCAUGGAGGUGACGUAGUAGCGGCGCCGGCGGGGCCGCUCUGUAGGUGCUGUGCAUCGUAGCUUUGGGGGACGCAAACAAAAAAAAAAAGGGACGGCAGGACUCAAACGGGCCGAUCGGCGAUUUUCAUCUCUUUUUACACCCUUUUUCUUUUUUUUGUUACUGUUAAGAAAAUAUUGACUCAUGUAAACUAUAAAUAUGACAUAAAUUAGUAUCUGUACAGCAACUACAUCUUUGUAAUAUCCCCCCCCUGUGUAUAUAUAUUACUUGAAUACAGAACUGUCCAUUUGUGAUGUUUUGCACUUGGGAGUCAAACUUUAAAGGAAGAAAAAAAAAAAAGAAUAAAAAAAAAAAAGAAUAAGCCAAGUUAAGUUGUGGCGAGUGUGAGCGAUGUACAGAGAAGAGUUUUAUCAUGUGCAUGGUGCGGAGCCUGCUGUUUUUAUCUAUUUAUUGUGCCGUGUUUACAGUUUGUUUUGUUUCUUCUGUUUGUAGCUUUCGGUUUUGUUUUUUUCUUUGUACGCUGUACCUUUGUUGGUUCCUGUGCUGUAGUAUACGUUCGAUAGCUACGGACUCCUGGGUAUUUUUGUAUUUUGUGAACACAAAGCAGGCCUAACCCCCCCUCCCCCCCCCUCUCCUCAUAUCAUUUAUUUUCCUCUGUGGAUCACGUUGAAAUGAGCUGUGAUAUGGAUGCAGAUCAGGAGAUGGAGAGCAGCGCCUCCUCUUCACAUAAUGUCCCAAACACAAUUAAAACAGGGAUGGAGUCUCUUCCCAGAAGCCUCUGCUGCUUCACAUUCAAGCACUAUUGUUUUGUGACUUUUUGUUUUCUAUAAAUAUCAAUGCUGCUUUUGUACUUUUUUUGGUUUUUAAAGGAGUCAUCUGUCAUUUUCAUGCAAGUGGAGUCUCCUUUACUCGUUUUAUCUGGCUAUUUUCUUUUCUUUCUUUUUUUUUUUUUUUUUUU